CCUAAACAUUAUUUUAUUUGCCACUGUUCCCUAGGGAAUAAUGACGUUACACUUUUCCCUUUUUAAAAAAUACAAAUUAGAACGUUAAGAACUCAUCAUUUCUUUCUUAUUUUAAUACAUCAUUUUCAUUUAUGACCUUCCACAAUCCUCCCUUUUAUAAUUAUAAAAUCCUCUCCACCAAUAAUCCCUCACUAGCCAUGGAAACGCCUAAGCCAUGGCUAAUUUCCAUCUUCUUCUUCUUCUUCAUUAUUCUCACUGCAUUUCCGCCGGCUGUUUCCGGCCAAUUUCUCUUCCCCCAAACCACCUCCACGGCGGUUCCCGACCCCGCCAAAUUCUUCUCUCCCACUCUCCUCUCCUCUCCCCUUCCCACUAAUUCCUUCUUCCAGAACUUUGUCCUCAACAAUGGCGAUAAGCCGGAAUAUAUUCAUCCGUAUAUCGUCAGAACGGCAAAUUCUUCGCUCUCUGUUUCAUACCCAUCUCGUAUUUCCAAUUCUUCAAUCACCCAGUUGCAGUUCUACCCCGAUCUCACCAUUUCUGCACUCGACAGAACUUCCCCCGUUUCUAACACAACCCAUUUCAUCUCGUCCUUCAGCGAUCUCGGUGUUGAUUUGGACAUUGGCGAUUUCAGAUUCCAUCUUGUUCGUGGAAGUCCUUAUUUGACUUUCUCUGUUCUGAAAAUCUCCUCUGUUUCGAUCUCAACCGGCAAUGGCGUCCGGUCUGUUGAUUCUUAUGACGAUUCUACAAAACAUAUCAUUCGGUUGAACAAUGGACGGAAUUGGGUACUUUAUUCCUCGUCGGCGAUUUAUCUGAUUAAAUCGAAGAAUAAUCAGAUUGUUACUUCCGGUGGAUUUUCCGGCGUGAUUCGGAUUGCUGUUUUGCCAAAUUCAGCGAUGGAAUCGGGGAACAUUCUUGAUCGGUACAGUGGAUGUUACCCUGUUUCUGGGUAUGUGAAGUUGUCUGAAAAUUUUGGGUUCAAAUACAAAUGGCAGAAGAAAGGAAGUGGCGGCCUUCUCAUGUUGGCUCACCCAUUGCACCGGCAAAUUUUGUCGAGAAAUCAAACCGUUCUUCCGAAUCUCCGGUACGGCAGCAUCGACGGCGACCUUCUGGGAGUCGUCGGAGAUUCGUGGGAUUUGAAUUUUAAUCCGGUUCCGAUCACUUGGCAUUCAAUCAACGGAAUCGACAAAAAGUUCUUCCCUGAAAUUGUCGCGGCUCUUAAACGAGACGUUGCGACUUUAAACGUUACAGAGCUUUCGUCAACGGCGUCGUCUUAUUUCUACGCAAAGUUGUUGGCCAGAGCUGCGAGAUUGGCACUGAUCGCAGAGGAGGUGGAUAACGGCGCCGGUGUCAUUCCGGCGGUGGUGAGAUUCCUGAAAAACGGGAUUCAGCCAUGGCUGAUCGGGAAAUUUCCGAAAAAUGGAUUUCUAUAUGAAAGAAAAUGGGCUGGAUUGGUAACGAAGAACGGAGCUACAAGUACAACAGAGGAUUUCGGAUUUGGAAUCUACAACGAUCAUCAUUUCCAUUUGGGUUAUUUCGUGUACUCAAUCGCCGUUCUUGCCAAACUCGACCCAAAUUGGGGAAAACAAUUCAAGCCUCAAGCGUACGCUUUGGUUUACGAUUACAUGAAUUUCAGACCCAAAAAAUCCCAAUUCUCAAUUCCGUUUAGAAACUUCGAUUUCUGGAAGCUCCACUCGUGGGCCGCCGGAUUAACGGAAUUCCCCGACGGCCGGAAUCAGGAAAGCACAAGCGAAGCCGUCAACGCCUAUUACGCGGCGGCGCUGAUGGGUUUGGCUUACGACGAUGAGUCUCUGACGGCCGCUGGGUCGACCCUGACUGCGGCUGAGAUUGCGGCGACGCAGACAUGGUGGCAUGUGAAGAGCGAAAAAAACUGGAUUUACGACAAGGGAUUUGAAGAGGAAAACAGAGUAGUGGGGAUAUUGUGGAGUGCGGCAAGGGAGAGUCGGUUGUGGUUUGCGCCGGCGGAGUGGAGGGAGUGUAGAGUUGGGAUACAGGUGUUGCCGGUAUUGCCGGUGUCGGAGAGGGUGUUUUCCGACAAGGGGUUUGUGAAGGAGGUUGUGGAGUGGGUGUCACGGGCGUUGGAACGGGAAGACGCCGGCGAAGGAUGGAAGGGAUUUGCGUAUGCUUUGGAAGGGAUUUAUGAUAAGAAGAGUGCGAUUGAGAAGGUAAAGAAGUUGAAGAAGCAUGAUGAUGGGAAUUCUCUCAGUAAUCUUUUGUGGUGGAUUUACAGUCGGCCGGAGGGACGAGGCUGAAGACGGUAACUUGAAAACAGGGGAACAGGGGAUUUUGAUUGCCUAGUUUUCCACGUGUUACACGUGUCAAUCUUUUCUUUUUCGUAUUCUUUUCGAAUUUAUUAAUCAAAUUUACAUUAAAAAAAAAAACAAAGAGAAAAUAUAUAUUUGAAUUUGGCCACUUACCUCUAACACUAGU